CCCACUAUCAUUCCAAUUUUUCAAUAUUUUUCUUUGAUAUGGUUGAAUUAAAUUUUUUCCAGACUUGUUUCAGACUAAAAUUGUGUUGAUCAAGCUGAAAAUGGCACAAAAGAAAAAUGCGACAGCGACAAAAGCGAAUUCGGUACCAAAGAGCAUGCCAUCUAAAAGACGUAACGAAGUUGGUCUUCUGAAAAUCGAAAACUCAAAAUUCACACUUUUGGAUAGGAAAACCAAAAGAGCAGUUGCAAAGGGAACGAAAAAUUAUGGAGCUGGUGGAAAAGUGAAGACUACGAAGAGCACAAAUAUUAAGAAACAGAAGAAGAGAGCGAAGAACUAAAUGAGUAUUUUUUGUUAUUAGAAUUGGUUUUUUGAAAACUCAUCAACUUGGAAAUAAACACAUGUUGAAAGAAAA